AGCACUGCUAACAAACCCCAAAACGUCAAUGAUUUGCAGGUCUACCGCCGUUCUCUCCCUGGCACUCGUCGCCACGGCCCUCGUUGGCUCCAAGAGCUUUGUUAUCAAACCACCCGCCAGCGCUACACGCAACGGCAGAGCCCCUUUUGUUGCGGCCGGCGCCACCGAGGUCCGCCAGGGAGCGGUCGCCGUCGAUCCUGUUGUUUCAUCCGAGACCGACCACGAAAACAAAAACCCUCGCCUUUCGGGGUUGGCCCUUGCUCUCGACGACGGGACCCGGAAAUCCCAUUCUAUGGCUGAAAACACUGCUUUUGUCCAGGGAUUUUUCAAGGGGAUCAGCAGCCCCGAUUCGUACCGGAAUCUCCUAACGAGUCUCUACUAUGUCUAUAGAGCCAUGGAAGAAGAUGUCCUCGACAAGGCCGACAAGGACAGUGUUGUGGGUCGGCUCGACGAGGCUCCUCUGCGACGUCUCCCCGGACUCGAGCAGGACAUGGAAUAUUUCUACGGUCCCGAAUGGAGAACUGCCAUGGACCCGCCUUCCGGGGCGACCAAGACCUAUGUGGACCGCAUCCUUGAAAUCACGGCUUCCUCGUCCCCUACCGCGGGUGACAACGGCGAAUUGUCUCCGGAACAAAUGCCGCUCCAAGAGCCGUACUUGUUCGUGGCCCACCAGUACACCCGCUAUCUUGGUGACCUCUUUGGCGGACAGAUGAUGGGGAACAUGGCUUCCCGAUCGAUGGACCUCCCGAGCGACGGAAGCGGGGUGGCCUUUUACACCUUCGAGGGGGUGGAUUCCGUUCGGGAUUUUAUCACGAGCUGGUACACCGAGCUCAACACGCUCGACCUGACCGAAACCCAAAAACAGGAGAUCGUCGACGAGGCCAACCUUGUGUUUGCCCUCAAUAUCGGCAUCCUUGAAGAACUGGAGGGCUCGCCGUGGGCGGCUCUGUUUGCCAUGGCGAUGAGCCGGGCGAAAGAUUUCACCAACUGGAGCAACAUUAAGGAAACAAAGAACGGACAAUGACCACAACAAAAGGCAAAACACCACCUGUAUCGAAGCCUCAAUCUCACCACACCACAAACUGAAAAGAUCUCGCUUAGACCAAAAUAAUACUUAAGUCAUUAU